CUAGUGUUUAUUCUCUACUCGAUCUUCCCGCAUCCAAUUCCAUUAACAUAUCACUGUAACUGAACAAGGCCCAGGUAGAGUCCCAUGAGGGGAAAAAGUAGGACGACCAAAUCCAAAGCUCCCUAGAUGGCAAAAGAGAUAGAGCGAACAGCGAAGCAGGGAAAGGGGUGACAGAUAUUAGGUGGAUAAUUCAAGCGAGAACCAGACUAAACAUAGAAAGUUUGGAGGUGAAAUGAAAAUACUCUUGUCGGCGAAGUUGAGCCCCAUGGAACGAAAUAAACUGAUGGCGUGGAUACAAAGUUGGCUGAGUGACAGAGAACGUAGAACAAUAGUAGAGUGAAAUCCCAACAGUUGCCUGUCCCAGAGAGCGUAAUGGGGAUGUUCAAGGAAUUGGAAGAGGAGCUGGAUGACAGUAUUAAACAUGAUGGCCGCAUACGCAGUUUCCCGCACCAGCGAGGCAACUGGUCGACACUUGUGUACUUGGAAUAUUACCCUGAAGAGGAGUUUAUGGAACUUAUUGAUCUGCUGCUGACCCAUUUGCAGGUGCAUAAGCUGCCGAUGGCUCGGCUAGCAGAGUUUCAUAUCAGUCUGUCACAGACUGUGGUGCUGCGCUAUCAUUGGAUAAACAUCUUUGUGGAGUCCUUAAAGGAAAAGAUGUCCUUCUUUGAUAGGUUCUACUGUGUUUCAGAUAAAGUGAAGAUCUAUGUUAAUCAAGAGAAGACCAGGACCUUCCUCGGUUUAGAGGUUUCAGCUGGCAGCAACUAUUUACUGGAAAUGGUCAACGAGGUGGAUAAAUCUAUGAAGGAGUUCAAUCUGAAAACUUACCAUAAGAAACCUUCCUUUCACAUUAGUGUGGCCUGGUGCUUGGGGGAUGCUACUGCUGAACUUGAAAAACACCAACAGGAGCUGCAGGCUAUAGUGGAUAGAUUUGAAGACAGUGCCAGAAUCCUCCAAAUGUUUGCAGAUCAAGUGCGGUGCAAAACUGGAAACAAGAUUUUUUCCUUUCAGUUGCGAUAGCAGCAGUUGCUGUUUUAUUGAGGACUCACUAGAAGCUACAGCUCAAGCCAGGAGUAUGACUGAGCAACCUUGGGAAGAGACUCAUUCUUUCCCAGAUUUCUGCUCCAGUUAUGGAGAGGCAGUGUAACCUCUUGCUUGUAAUGAAUCAUGCAUUAAGGCUAAUUCAUCAUUGCAGUGAGCAAUUACUUUUUCAGAAUAAAAAAACUGUACUUUUUAAUGGAAAAGGAUUUGAAGCAUGGAAAUAGGAACUUUGCUUUAAAUCCACAUCCAGAGAAUGACUUUUAAAUGGAUGCACAGCAGCAGAACUUUCUCCAUGUCAGUGGGGUGACUGAGCCUGUUACAUUUACCACAUGGACAAGAAGAAGGCUCUCCACCACCUUCUCAAGGGCAACUAGGAGUGGCCACUAAACCCUGUUAUUGCUAGCGAUGCCCAGGUCAUGAGAGAGAAUCAAAAAACCUUCAAAAUAGUUGAACUUUACAACUUGUUUCUUUUUUUUCCAUUUUUGUUUAUUUCUGGCUUUUGUUUAGCAAUUUUUUUUGGAUUUUAAUAUUGAACUAAAAACGGAAAUUAUUA